UAAAAGUUGCUAGCCACCCCCGGCUUGAGUAGCGUUUAAGAAAAAAAGUCAAGUGGCUACAGCUAACGCGAAGCUAGGCAAACAUUACUUGGCUAACCGGAGCCGUUGACAGCGGUCGACAUAUCACGCUGCUUGCAAGGCGUUAACAUGAAAGUUGUGAGCUAACACUAACAGCGCUGUUAGAAAAGAUCAGUGUGUACAGUUGACAGCUUCAGCCCUGUCGUUAGUUUGGGAGCCAGCUGCACUGGAGGACAAGAUCAUGUUAGCUAGCUAAGGCGGGCGGCGGUAGCAUUAGCAAAACAAGAGCUCUGCUUCGGGAGUCAGCUGACAACCUGCUGUAAGCUGCCAACAGACCAGUGAUGGAUCAACUGAAAGUAAAGGAUCGUAUAUUGGAAAACAUCUCCCUGUCUGUCAAGAAGUUGCAGAGUUACUUUGCGGCCUGUGAAGAUGAGACUCCAGCCAUCAGGAACCACGACCGGGUCCUGCAGCGCCUGUGUGAACACCUUGACCAUGCUCUGCUGUAUGGGCUGCAGGACAUCUCCUCAGGCUACUGGGUCCUCGUCCUCCACUUCACCAGGAGAGAGGCUGUCCGCCAGAUAGAUGAGCUUCAGCACAUAGCAACCAACCUCGGUCGAAGUCGUGCGUGGUUAUACCUGGCACUGAGUGAGAGCUCUUUAGAGAGCUACCUGCGCCUCUUCCAGGAGAACCAAGGUCUACUGCAGAAGUAUUAUUUCAAGAACGCUCUGGUCUGCAGCCAUGACCACCUCACGCUCUUCCUCACACUGGUGUCCGGCCUGGAGUUCAUUCGCUUCAAUCUGGAGCUGGAUGUGCCAUACCUGGAUGUGGCCCCCUACAUGCCAGAAUACUACAAACCCCAGAACCUGCUGGACUUUGAGGAAAGGCUGCCCAGUUCAGACAGCUUGUCCCUGCAUUCCUUUACCUCCCUCACCUCCACCAACCUGGAGUGGGAUGACAGUGCCAUAGCCCCCUCCAGUGAAGAUUAUGAUUUCGGUGACAUCUUCCCCGUGUUGCAGUCAUUGCCAAGUGCAGACUGGGAAGAGGGUGACCUGACCGACCAGGCGAGCUGCCCACGAUCCAGUGGCUCUGAUCCCCAAACAGUCAUUAGCGACAUGAUGGUCCUUUCUACCGGCACUGUCAAGGCGAAGGCAGCAGCUCAUCCUCCUCCGCACAGCCCCACAUCCAGACACAACCCCUUCAACGAGGACUCCGACACCAACACCACCAACACCUCGGCCGACGUCACGCCAGUUCACGUGGCCAGCCGCCACAACGCCACCGCCGCUGGAGAUGACACGGAGAGCACCAACAACGAGCUGGAGGUCAUCAGGAUGGCCAGAAGAAGGAAACCAGCCAAGAAGCGACGAGGGAAGGGCUCCACAGAUUCCAGCAGCAGCAUCCAUAACUCGAUCUCCUCUGAUCACAUGGACAUGGACGGCAGCCUCCUGGCCUCCGAGGAUGUGGAUUCAUUAAACUGCACUGUAAUCCAUGUGGACGGCGAAGGAGAGUUGAGGAGAGGCAGGGUGGGAUCAGAGGCUGUGGAGGAAGGAGACGAGGAUGAGGUAGUCGACCUCCUACGCCUCCCAGAGAUGACGGACACCUCCAUGGACAGUGUGGGCCAACCCCUCCGGGACGUCAUGGACCGACUCAACGGGGCUCUGGAUAGGGAGGAGCCCUGGGAGCGCCAGGAGGAGGGGAAAACUAGUGAAGGCUGUGACCAGGGCCCCGAGCCCCCCGCUCAGCAGCCCUUUCGUGAGGACUCAGGCGGCGAACCACCUGACCCGGCCCCAGGAAAGACGUCUCACUCCGCUCUGGCCACAGGCCCCAGGUUCCUGCAGGCCUCUCCUGCGCCUACAGAAUUAUGCUGCUUUACCCCCAACGGUCCAGACUCUGCUCCCACAGGUGGUGGCUGCAAUGACUCUACAGAGCUUAGCCAGCCACAGACUCUUUCAGGUGGCCUUGAAGAUGAAGGAGAGGCAAAAAAGAAAGCAGGACCGGAGCCCGACGUGAGGCAGGAGGAGGAAGGCGUAGAAGGAGUGGAAACAGACCAGAACACGUUUACUGAGGAAGCACAACAACAACAACAAGAGCAGAAGCUCAGUCCCUCAGAAAGUUCUCACCCUGCAGAGUUUAAGGUGGACAACAACCACUUGCUGCUUCUUAUGAUCCAUGUAUUCAGAGAGAAUGAGGAGCAGCUCUUCAAGAUGGUGAGGAUGAGCACAGGCCACAUGGAGGGGGACCUGCAGCCCCUUUACCUGCUCCUGACUGACUGUUACAUUUACCUGCUAAGGAAGGGCGCAGCAGAGAAACCCUACACAGUUGAAGAUGCUGUUUCUUAUAAUGAGCUGGAUUAUCUUUCAGUGGGCCUUGACCAACAGACAGUGACGGUGGUUUGCACCAACAGACGAAGAAAGUUCCUGUUGGACACAGCUGAUGCCUCACUGACUUUCUGGUUCCUGUCUGUGCUGAAGUCAGCCAUGGUGAAGGGUUGCCGUGAGCCUCCUUACCCCUCGGUUCUGACCGAUGCCACCAUGGAAAAACUGGCUCUCAAUAAGUUUGUCUCCCAGGAGUCUCACUGUGAGGUAUCAGAAGUGUCCAUCCAACUCUACUCACUGGUCCACUGGGAGGAUCCUAUGGACAUGACUCUGUCUCCACAAGGUGGCCCACCAAGCUCUGGAGCACCUUUCAGCACCAAGGAAGGGACCCUGCAGUACCGGUCUGGAACCACCUACCUGGGCAAAGAGCUGUGGAAAAGCUGCUACCUAGUCCUCAGCAAUGGGAUUCUUUACAUGUAUGCAGAGAGAACUGAUGUGAUCCCGCUGCUGUCCGUCACUAUGGGAGGGGAGCACUGCGGAGGCUGCCGUCGCUCCAACAGCACAGAGCGUCCCCACGCCUUCCAAGUCAUCCUGACAGAGCGCCCCCCACUGGAGCUUAGCGCCAACAACGAGCAGGACAUGGCCGACUGGAUGCAGCUGCUCUGCCAGUCCGUCUCCAAAGGGGUCAUCCCUCAGGGUGUGGCCCCCACCCCAUGUAUCCCAUGCUGCCUGGUGGUCACAGACAGGAAGCUGCUGACCUGCCAUCAGGACUGUCAGACGAGCUUCUUCCGUUCGCUGGGCAGCGUCGACAUCUCUGACGUCACCACCGUCAGCGUGGAGGCUGACAAGGAGUACUGCGUCAUCGAGUUUGCAGCAGAUCGGUCUCAGUUCUUCCCUCCAUGGAUUUUGUACUUCAGCGGCUGUGAAGAGAGAGAUCGACUGCUGGAGGCGUUAGACAGAACAUGGAAAGCUGUUUUCCAGGUCGACCUUCCCCACAGAGUCGUGUCUGAUCCGUCGGUGCAGAAGCGCUGUAGCGAAGCCCUCAGCCUGAUGAAGAGCGCCUGGCAGAGGGCAGACAGUCUGGCCCGAGGCAGAGCCCAGCGUGAACACUGGUGCUGACGGACACACACACACACACACACAGACACACACACACACACAUAGGCACACAUACACUAACCUGUGGGUAACCACUGACAGACUGGUCAGACAGUCUGAUGUAGUUCCAGGAUAGAGAGUGAGUCAAACCAUUCAGAGCUCUGAGCUGAAAGACUUAGAUAAACCAAUCAGCUGUGGCGUUAGCUUGUGACGGGCUUCUAAAUGUUUCUAUCAGAGAAACGUCCUGCAGGAGCAACAAAGCAUGUGGCGCAUCACAUCGCAAAGAUGCGGCAGUGAGACGUUCUCACUUGAAAUGAAAUGGACCUCCAGUAGAGAGGCAGCGUGUUUUAUUUACAUGACCGUUAUUCCUGUAGUAGAGGUUCUUCAGACAGAACGACAAUGUAGAAAAAAUAUGCUGAAUCAAGGAAAAGUUUAAUGUUACAUGAUGUGAUAUAUAGUUCUCUCUCAAUGGGGGAAAAAAAGCACUGUAGGAAAUGAUGAUGGAUAGAUUUAAAAGGCACAGUGGUCGUGUCAUGGGAAACAUCCUGCACUUAAACAUACAGAAGAGAGUCAUUUUUACUCUGAGAACUUUGUCUCCACAAGUAAACUGUUUUCCCCAGUGGAUAAUCCAUUUUAAAAUGAACUGUUAAGUACUGAUAAGACUUUGAGUUAGUGAAAAACUACAUAUCUAGUAGAGAGUGGAAGCUGAGAUGAGAGAAUUAUUAAUGAUCGAUCUGGAUGUUGAUAUGAUAAAUGUCGAGAAAGCCAUAAAUGAAGGGGGCAGUUGCUGCUUGUCUGCAAUGUGGAAAAGUUCACACUCCUUGCCUUGUGCACACACACUCACAAAUUAUACAUGUAUAUAUAUAUAUAUAUAUAUAUAUAUGUGUGUGUAUGUAUGUAUGUAUGUGUGUGUGUGUGUGUGUAUAUAUAUCAGUAACGCUCUCUCUCUUGCGCAACUUACACAGCUGUGUGACAAUAAAAGUCACUCCUGGCUUAAUACCAGUUACAUGAUGUGAUACUGUACCCUAACUGUGGUAUAAUUGUAGAUUAGCGAAUUUACAGCACUGUACAGCAUCCAUGAGUAAUCACUGACAGUUGUGUAUGUGUGUGAUAUUCAGUUUUGGGAGUUUUGGUUUGUUUAAGGCCACACACUUCUUCACUGAAUGACGCUCACAUCCACAGUGUACAUUAGCCCGAGAGAAUGAGGAAUGCCUGGAUAUUUAACACUUGCACUGUUACAUGACAUGCUCAUGCCUGUGUCGAUUAUCUAAGAUCUUGCUUUACUAUUUAAAUGCUGUCACUCAGAUUAAGAAAAAGAAAAGAAACCCUUUCAGGAAAUGCGACAGACUUGCCUUUUCCUCCUCUCCAGAGACGAGCGGAGGCUUCCAUGCAGACUUGCACAUUGUUUUUGCUGUUAAUCUUUUUUUUUUUUUUUAAAUGGUACAAAUUGUAGUUUUAAUGUGUUAAUAUCAUAAUGUUCUGUUUUAUUUCCAAUUUAGAAAGGAAGUGGGAACAAAAUAAUUCAGCUGAGUGGGUGAUGUUGUCUCAGUAUUGGUGUUUGUGUCUGCAUCAGCAGAUGUGUAUUUUUUAUUGCGGGUAAAUAUCAAGUAAGGAUUACAUCUGUGUGAAGCGGCAAUUUGUCUUAGCUUCUCGUUUUCAGUUUACACCAGCAGUUGGUGACAUCAUACAUGUACAGUAAGAUCUGGCCAAUAUCAGAGCAACAGAACACCCCCCCCCCCCCCC